AUGAAAUGCGGUGGAUUUAAGCUUCAGAUGGGUGAGGAUGUUUCCAUCUUAGCAGGCCGACGUGGGAAGCAUUACGGAACAGUGGGUGGGUGCAUUAGGCCUGCAGAAUCCUACAAGCUUCAUUAUAUUGAGCCGGAUGAUACUCUUGUCUCCAUAGCUGUCCGAUAUGGCACAAGCGUUCAACAUCUGAAACUACUCAACCACCUGUGGGUAACAGAUAUUUCGAACUUGAGGACGUUGAAGGUACCAGAUGAAUCGCCAUCAAUGGGUCAUCCAUUGGAUGCUUUCGAACUAACGCCCACGAAACAAAAAUCCGCUUCCGCAAAGGACGAGUGUGAUGAACUUCCAUCAGCUAGUGCCUACAUCAGAGGUUUAUUCGAACGCGUACAACGAGCCAAGGAAUCUGCCCGAUCCGUUCUGGAGAACAGCAGGGGCUUACACUGCCGUAUUGACCACGUUGUUCUCAGUGGAAAUAGGUGGGCAGACCGUGGGGCAUUACAGGAGGCUGGAUACACAUUCAACCGAUCAGGAACUGCACAGGAACCUGGCAUAGCAAGUCAUUCCGUUGAGUCAAUGGCUGCGGGACCGGUCAUCCAAGAAAAUGCCAACAGCCGUUGCCUCGCGGUUUGGACUUCCGAGUCAAAGGCUCAAGGUGGGUUACCUCAACCAAACCCCCUUCUCCGGCUAAUGCAACCGGGAAGUAGCAUUCGCUUUUGUAACUCUUCGCUGACCAGUCUUCCCCGACAUCCGUCCCCAUCCGUCUGA